AUUGUCGGUGUGGGAAAAGUAAAAAUCUACGCCGUUCCAAAAAUCCGCGGAAUACCGCUGCUUUGGGGCGGAACACAUGUGCCGGGAAUCGGGAUUACGUGAACAUGUACCGCAUGCUCAGCUUGAGAAGUUUUUCCCAAAGCAAGAACAAGUUUCUCUCACACAAAACCCGCGUGGACGAUUUACGUAAUCGCGGGCUGCUGCUAGUCGCUGAUCAUGGAGUGGUUAACAUCAAGCGCGUACACUCGACGACACCAUCGGCCGAAAUCGUGUCCACGAUGAGUGGCAAGAAAAGCAAAAGGAAAAAAGCGAACAAAUUCACGGAACUUCUCGCUGUGAAAGAUGGUGAAACGAAGGAAACGAAGGCCACAGUGCAGAAUCUAAAGUCGAAAAAGUUGUCCAACUUUAUCCACGACCAGAUCGCGCUUGAUUGCUGUUCGCACCGGCUAGCAUCGGCGGCCGGUGAUGGUGGAAACCCGGCCGGCAGCUCCACGGCAGUGCCUUCGGUUGACAUCUCCAGCUGGAACUUUGAGGAAACACCGGUCAUCUACAUCGGAGCCGGAAUGAAGGAGACGGACAUUUCGCCCGACACACUGACCGAGAUCCUGGAGAGUGUGCAUGUGCUGAAAGAGAUCCACCAAAAACGGGCACUACGCCUGGAAGCGUCCCAUGAGGAGGGCAUUGAUCCGGUGCUCGAGGAAGAACCAUUACACGAAACCGAACCAACGAUUCCGGAGGAAACAGAACUGGCGUUUGAAGUGCCAGACCUUACGCUUGCAGCAGCUCGAAGCAAAUCAAAACACAACAAAGCAGGCCACAGCGCUAGCGGUCCGACGUUGUUGUUGGAGAAGAACAAAAAGUUCACCUCCAAGUACUACAAAACGUCGGAGCUGGAAAGCUUGGCACGGCAUCGUAGCUUUCAGAUGACGCUGAAUGCGUACCUGGACAUUUGCAUCACGACCGGUAUGGUGAACCGAGCGUACGCCACGACGCUCAACUAUCGCCACAAGCGUAAACGGCGCGAAUUCGAUAUCACCAUCUAUAAUCAGCUGAUACACGCGUUCGCUGCGAAGGGUAGCUUCAGUCGCGUCCGGGAUAUUAUGCGCGUGUUGCGCGAAGAUCGCAUAACGCCCACUGCACAAACCUAUGCCGGUGUGUUGGAGUGUCUGGGGCGGCUCGAACGAACGGACGAGGUCCUGAAGCAAGCGCAAGCCUUUCUCCAGGAAGCUACCGGGCAGGGGUUUACGAUGAACGAUAUUCUGGACCGUAGUAAGUUCACGCACGACCAGCGUGAUGUGGUGCUGGCGUUACUACGUUCCCUGGAGCCCUCUUUUGAGCCCGCCUAUCGUCCACCAAUCCUUACGUACAACAAUCAUUUGGUCGAUGCACUGAACGAACACGUGCUACCGAUCGGUGCGAAGCCAACAGUGUCCCAAAGCUCCAACGAACCGCUUCCCGGUGCGGAAAUAAUGAAUUCAAAGGCUGGAUUCACGCACCACCAGUUGCAAGAGAUGAUGCAGCGGCAGGUUGAGCUGGAACUCAAGGGACAUCUGGCAGUGAAGAGCAUCGAAAAGUUUCCGGAACCAACGGAGCAAGUGUUACAAUACCGCAAAGAGCUAGACGAACUGAAGAAGGUAUGGGCAAAGCAGAUCACGAUGGCGUUCCACCGGGAUUUCAACACACUGAAGGCGAUCACGGAAACGAAAUCGUCGCGUACGAUCAAUCUCUUCCCCUACCUGAAAGCCCUCUCGGUGCCACAGUUCACGGAGAUUCUGCUCGAUGAGGUGCACAUGCUGCUCGAAGGUUCCGAUACGUUCAGCUUCGUGAUGCCGCACCUGCACCGCGAGCUGGGCCGCAAGGUGGAAUCACGCUUUCACGUGGAGCAGAAGCGGAUGAACGGGGUGGUGGCGAAAACCUGUGAUAUUUAUGGCCGCUAUGUCGAUGUUCUGGCCGAUGGUAACUCCAGCGAUAAUCCGCGGCAACUGUGGCAACGGGCGGUACACGAUACGCGCCACUCGGGUCCCAGCAUGGAUAUCGAGAGUUUGGCUUGGCCUAAAGCGGCCGUCCUCGGUGUCGGCAAGUUCCUGUACAACAUCCUAAAGUGUGACCUCAAGAUUAACGUCAAUGCCGCCGGUCGAAGCAACCGCAAGGUGAAGCUGGUACCCGCCUUCUAUACGCUCUUCCGUUACGAGGCCAAAAUGGCAAAGGAACAAAUCAAACCACAUCCGGUGCUGAUGAAACUGUACCACAAAUCACAGCCCGAUACGCUCAAGUUUGACAUCAAUCUCGUGCCGAUGCUGUGCCCACCGCAACCCUGGAGUACACCCCGGAACGGUGGUUACAUACUGGCGGAAUCGGAACUGAUACGCUUGCCACAGCAAGCUCACCUACAGACGGAGCGUAUAAAUGAAGCGGAUCCACAGGAUAUGUAUCCGACGCUCGAUGCGCUCAAUCAGUUGGCCAGCAUACCGUGGGUUGUGAAUGGUCCGAUCCUGGACGUCAUCAUAGAGGUGUUUAAUGCGGGUGGCAAUGCGAAGCUCGAUGUACCGGAGCCACCAUCCGCGUUACCACCGAUUCAGGACACGACACCAAAGAGUGAGAUGAGUGGGUACGAGAAGUACAAUCUGCUCCGUCAGCGGCUCCACCAUCGGCGGAAGCAGGGUGACAUGUACAGUCUCUGGUGCGAUGCACUGUACCGUCUAUCGCUUGCCAGUCACUAUCGUGAUAAGGUGUUUUGGUUACCGCAGAACAUCGAUUUCCGGGGCCGUGUGUAUCCGAUUCCACCGCAUCUCAAUCAUCUCGGGCACGAUCUGGCACGGUGUCUGCUGGUGUUUCAUCAGAAGAAACCACUCGGUCCGGAUGGGUUUCGGUGGUUGAAGCUACACUGUAUCAAUUUGACGGGGCUCAAGAAACGUGAAUCGGUUGAGGAACGGUUGCGGUACGCGGAUGAGAUUAUGGACGAUAUUCUCGAUUCGGCCGAUCGGCCACUGACGGGCCGGAUGUGGUGGAGCCAAUCGGAUGAACCAUGGCAGACGCUGUCCUGUUGCAUGGAGAUCGCCAAGGUACAUCGGUGUCCCGACCCGGAGAAGUUCGAAAGUGGGUUCCCCAUUCACCAGGAUGGUUCGUGCAAUGGGCUACAACACUAUGCGGCCCUCGGUCGUGAUACGGCCGGUGCGAUUAGCGUCAAUCUGGCGCCCGCCGAUGUGCCUCAGGAUGUGUACAGUGCGGUGGCAGCACUGGUGGAGGAAAACCGUGCCCGGGACGCGCAGAACAAUGUAAAGGUGGCCGGUAUUCUCGAGGGUUACAUAAAACGCAAAGUGAUCAAACAAACGGUCAUGACGACGGUGUACGGUGUGACGCGAUAUGGUGCACGGAAGCAGAUCGCUCGCCAGCUGGAGUAUAUCGAUGAGUUCCCGAAGGAUUGGGUGUGGCCGGCAUCAAGCUACCUCACGGUUAAAACGUUUGACGCACUGAGUGAAAUGUUUACGUCCGCUAAGGAGAUUCAGGAUUGGUUCACCGACUGUGCCCGCCUUAUAUCGGCUGUUUGUGCGCAGAAUGUUGAAUGGGUCACACCACUGGGGCUGCCCGUUGUACAGCCAUACAAUCGAGGCGAUCGAUCAAUUGCCAGUGCGAAAGGUACUAGUCAGCUGCCCGAACACUUUGCGAUGGAUUCGUUCGAAAAACCCAACAUCAUGAAGCAAAAGAAUGCGUUCCCGCCCAACUUUGUGCACUCGCUGGACUCGAGUCACAUGAUGCUGACCUCGCUUUACUGUGAACGGGCCGGGCUGACGUUCAUCUCGGUGCACGAUUGCUACUGGACGCAUGCCUGUACGGUGCCUAUAAUGAAUAAGAUCUGUCGGGAACAGUUUGUCGCUCUGCAUUCCGAACCCAUCCUGGAGGAUCUGUCCAAGUUCUUGGUGCAAAAGUACAGCUACGAUGAGAACGAAAUUUGCAACGAUGGCUCCGUGAUAGAUCUCACCAAGCGCAAGCUAAACCGUAUCCUCCAGCAAUGCCCCGAUAAGGGUGAUUUCGAUCUACGGAAGGUACUGGAAUCGGUUUACUUCUUCAGCUAGAGCCGCCCCGGGGGGGCCUCGUACGUUUCCUCGCAUAGUAUUCCUUCACCAGAAACCGACCGCAGGUUCCGGUCUAGUCAGCGCGUAGACGCGCGUGAGCGCGUGGAAGAGCAGAAAACAUAUUACGACAGUGACUGCCAUGAUCCGUAGCUACCACCAUUCGUGCGGCACUCGCGGAUACAGCCCUCGAAUGAUGCUAAGUUUGUUUUCAAACGAUAACCGAAUUGACUUUUGUCGAUCAACGACGAUGAGAUGUGAGUGUCGUCGUACCGCAAUCUGUGACUGUUAAGCCAUAAAGUGAACAAGAAGUACUUUACUAAAAGUUUUGAAUAUUACGCUUUUGUGAAAGAAGAAUU